AUGGGAAAUAGCGAAUCCGAAGCUCGUGGUCAGACAGCAGUUUCUGCUAAAGAGACCUAUGUGUGGUACAGAAAAUUUAUGAGGGAAUAUCCAUCCGGCCUGCAAACACUGCAUGAAUUUAAAACACUCUUGGGUCUGCAGGGUCUGAAUCCAAAGGCCAAUCAACAUGUUGAUCAAGUCUAUAAUACCUUUGACAUGAACAAGGAUGGAUUUAUUGACUUUUUAGAGUUUAUUGCUGCUAUAAAUCUAGUUAUACGAGGAAAAAUGGAGCAAAAAUUAAAAUGGUAUUUUAAGCUGUAUGAUGCUGAUGGAAAUGGUUCUAUUGACAAAAAGGAGCUACUGAACAUCUUCAUGGCUGUUCAGGCCCUCAACGGCCAGCAAACUCUGAGUCCUGAAGAAUUUACUGACUUGGUUUUUCAUAAGAUCGAUAUAAACAAUGAUGGAGAAUUGACGUUAGAAGAAUUUAUCAAUGGCACGGAAAAAGAUGAAGAUCUUCUGGAGAUUGUUUCCAAGAGCUUUGACUUUUCUAAUGUACUGAAAGUGAUCUAUAAUGAGAAACAGUCAGACACAGAUGGGAGGCUUCCUUCAAGCCACGUGAGAAGGCUGAUCUAG